AUGAUCAUCUCGGAAGAAUUGAGUUCAUCUUGCUCAGUAACAACAAUUCAUCAAAUAGAAUCAAGAGAAGAAUUAAUUUAUGGAGCAAAGUUAUUAGAAUCUGCAGAAAGAUAUGAUGAUGUGAGACGGAUGAUGAAAAAAAUUAUUGAACUUUUUGAUUCGGAAUUAUCUACUGAAGAAAGAAACAUGUUAUGGAUUGCUUAUAAAAACGUAAUUGGUUCAAAACGUUUGGCAUUAAAAAUCACUACAAGCACCUGUGACCAAUUAACAAACAAGAUGGAAUUCCACCAGUUGAAAUUAGCACAACUCUAUCAACAACACAUUGAGCAUGAAAUUAACGACAUUUGUCAUGAAUUAUUUCACUUGUUAGAUCAUUAUUUAAUACCCACUGCGACACGUAAUGAAGAUAGAGCAUCCAUGAUAUUCUUUUACAAAAUGAAAGGAGAUUACCAUCGAUAUUUGUCUGAAUCUAAAAAAGGAGAUGAAUUUUCACACCACUCUCAAUUGGCCUUAGAAGCUUACAAGAAAGCAACAUACUAUGAGGUUGGAGGAAAUAACUCUCAAUGA